AAGCCAAAGCUCAGUGGGCGGCGAAAUCGCCCGUAGAACGGAUCGAACGGAGAAAAUAGCGACGAAAUGUGGAUCGCUCUGCUAGGGACUCCAAUUUUAUUAGCAGCCCUUUGGCUUUUGCUUAAACAAAUCAAUAAAACCUACUUUAUUCUUUCAUUGACCAAACGAGUGCGAACUCAGGAUGGCAGUCCAUUGGAGAGUAAAGUGGCCGUAAUGCCAGGAAAAACACGAUUUGGCAAUAACUUGGAUAUUCUCAACUUUACGCCAUCAAGUGUUUUUAAUUUUUGUCGAGAGUCCACUGCCAAGGCCAAAGGUCAGAAUUAUCUGUGGUACUUUUUAUACGCACCCAUGUAUAAUGUCGUUCGAGCCGAGGAGGCUGAGGAGAUAUUCCAGAGCACCAAGCUGAUAACCAAGAAUGUGGUCUACGAACUGAUUAGACCGUUUCUAGGAGACGGCCUACUGAUAAGCACGGACCAUAAAUGGCACUCCAGAAGGAAAGCCUUAACGCCGGCCUUUCAUUUUAAUGUCCUGCAUACUUUUUUGUCUAUUUUCAAAGAAGAGUGCAACAAGUUACUAAAAGUUCUGGACAAAAAUGUAGACGCAGAGCUCGAUCUUAACCAGGUUAUUCCGCAGUUCACUUUAAAUAAUAUAUGCGAAACCGCUCUGGGUGUAAAACUAGAUGACAUGUCGGAGGGAAACGAGUACCGAAAGGCCAUCCACGCCAUCGAAGAAGUUCUGAUACAACGCGUGUGCAAUCCACUGAUGUAUUACAACUGGUACUUCUUCCUUUACGGAGAUUAUCGCAGGCAUGCGGAGAACCUGCGGAUAGUUCACGACUUCUCAAGCCGUAUUAUCCAACGAAAAAGGGAGCAGUUUAAGCAAAAGCAGCUAGGUGAAGUGGAUGAGUUUGGCAAGAAGCAACGAUAUGCCAUGUUGGAUACCCUCUUAGCAGCCGAAGCAGAAGGUCAGAUCGAUCAUCAGGGAAUCUGUGAUGAGGUCAACACUUUCAUGUUCGAGGGAUACGAUACUACAUCGACCUGCCUUAUUUUUACCCUGCUCAUGUUGGCCCUGCACGAAGAUGUCCAACAGCGAUGUUAUGAGGAGGUGGUAAACCUUCCCGAGGAUAGCGAUGAUAUCAGUGUGUUCCAGUUCAACGAACUGGUCUAUUUGGAGUGUGUUAUCAAGGAAUCCCUAAGGAUGUUUCCCUCGGUGCCCUUCAUCGGACGCCAAUGUGUGGAGGAGAGUGUUGUGAAUGGAAUGGUGAUGCCGAAGAAUACCCAGAUCAGCAUCCACAUCUACGACAUUAUGAGGGAUCCCCGUCAUUUCCCGAAACCAAAUUUAUUCCAAGCGGAACGUUUUCUGCCAGAGAACACCGUGAAUCGCCAUCCUUUCGCAUUUGUGCCUUUUAGUGCAGGUCAAAGAAACUGCAUAGGUCAGAAGUUCGCCAUUCUGGAGAUAAAGGUACUCUUGGCAGCGGUUAUCAGGAAUUUUAAGCUACUGUCCGCCACCCAGUUGGAGGAUCUUACUUUUGAGAACGGUAUUGUACUGCGUACCCAGCAGAACAUUAAAGUGAAAUUAUCGAAAAGGAUUAAAUAGAGAUAAAUAAUGUAAGUUAACUUUUUGCCAAAGAUUUUUUCAUUUGUAAAAUGUACAAAAAAACCAAAUAAAGUCUACUAAGUCCAAUUAUUAA